AUGAAGUUUUUCUCGCAAUCCUUCUUGUACGACGAUCCCUGGCACAUCGUGUCACUAGCCUUCUUUCUGCGCUAUCCAAAUCCAUAUGCUGCCCAUGUUAUCUCUUGCGACGUCAUUUCCCGAGAACAAACCGACAGCGGGUCACUAUUAACCACAAGACUUAUCCUCAAGCGAGGGGCUUUACCAAGGUGGGCCCCUCAAGGAAUUGUCCAGAGAGCAGAGUCUUGGGUGGUAGAGGAGAGUGAAGUGGAUCCCUUCGGCAAGGUGGUGCGGUGUCGCACGAAAAAUCUGGACCACGUCAAGGUUAUGCAAGUUGAAGAAUCUCAGUUAUUCCAGCAAGUAGAGAACGGCAAAACCCUCCAGACUACGGAGGCAAACAUAACUUCCAAGUUUGGGUGGGGUCUUACCAAAAAGAUCGAAAGUCAUGGACUUGCACGUUUCAAGGCCCACGUUCAGAGAACGGUGGUAUACUGA